AUGAGCACGUGCAACCAGCCGCAGUGUCUCCACAAAAUAACUGCGUAUCGCUAUCGGGAAAAGGAAAAAGAUUCAGACGGCAAGACCGAAGCUGGAUACAAGUUCGAUUUCUGCCUCACAUCAUCACCCAUGGCUCCCGUCAGCCGCAACGCAGCAAAACGAGCGAGCAGCAGUGCGCGGUCGUGGGAGGCGGCCGGCCUGCCGGACUGGUGUCGGGACGCGGUCGCCAGCAUGGGUUUCAGCGAGCCGACGCCAUCGCAGGCGGCUGCGAUCCCGCUUUUCCUGGCCAACUCAGACGUCGUCGUGGAGGCGCCGACGGGCAGCGGCAAGAGUCUGGCGUUUCUGCUGCCGCUGGCGGCACGACUGCUGCGGCCGUCCGACGGCGAAGGAAAAAAACCGCCAGGGCCGAUCAAACGGGGCCACGUGGCCGCCGUGAUCCUGGUGCCGACUCGCGAACUGGCCGACCAGCUGCACCGCGUGUUGCUGGAUCUGCUGGCCUUCCACCCGGCCACGGCAGCCGUGUUGCCGCACGUGUGGCGAGGGAGCAGCGAUGCGAGCAGCAAGGACAAGAUCAAAAACAAAAACAGGACCAACAAAAACAAGACGCAAAAAACACCGGCUGCCAACGGACUGCAGAUCGUCGGCGACCUGGACGAGGAGCAGGCCGGCAACCUGUCGAAUCGACGACGCCCCGAAACGACCACGGCCGUGCUGGUGCCGCAGCUGGUGGUGGGCGGCACGGCGUCAAAGCCGGCCGACGAUCUGGCGCGGUUUGUGCGUCAGGGCAGCAACGUGCUCGUGGGCACGCCCGGUCGUCUGGCUGAGCUGCUGUCGAGUCGUGUCGUCAACGCAACUGGCUCGUUCGAGGCCCUCGUUCUCGACGAAGCCGACCGCCUGCUCGACCUCGGCUUUGCCGCUGACCUGCAGCGCAUCCUCGCCUUUGUGCCCAAGCAGCGCCGCACUUUUCUCUGCUCCGCCUCGGUCAACGACGCCAUCGGCGAGCUCAUCAAGGUCAACCUGCGCAACCCCAAGCGCGUCGUCGUGCGCGUGCAGACACGACGACGGGAGGGACUCGAUACCACCGACGGCACCCUCUCCGGCACCGACGAAAAAAAAACUCCCGCCAGCCUGCUCAACACGUUCGUCGCCGUGCCGUCCAGCCACAAGCUGCCGGUCCUACUGCGCCUGCUCGAGCACGUCGACCCACGCCCGCUGCGCACCCUCGUCUUCAUGGCCUCGUGCUUCUCUGUCAAGUACUACGCCGCCGUCCUUGCGCCCGCCGUGCCGCCCGGCUACUCCGUCGUCUCGCUGCACGGCAAGCUGGAGCCGCACGUGCGCGAAAAGGCUUUUGCCCGCUUCCUGGCCGCCACGUCGCCCUGCGUCCUGCUGACUACCGACGUUGCUGCUCGCGGCCUGGAUGUCCCCCAGGCCGAUCUCGUCGUCAACAUUGACCCGCCCACCGAUCCCAAGACCUUUUUGCAUCGCUGUGGUCGCACCGGCCGCGCUGGCCGUCGCGGCCUGGCCGUCACCAUGUUGCGGCCGGGCCGCGAGGCUGACGACUAUGUCACCUUUUUGCGCGUGCGCAAGACCCCCGUCGAACCGUUGGCUGAUGCUGUCCCGAGUCUGGCCGCUGCUGUCGGUCUUGGUCCUGCCAGCGAUCCGGAUGUCGCCGAGGCUGCCGCCUUGGCCCUCACCCGCUCCAUUCGCCGACAGGUGCGCGACGACCGCGAGCUGCAUCAGCUCGGCCAGCGUGCUUUUGUGUCGUGGGCCCGCGCUUUUCAGGAACACCGUGCUAGCUCCAUCUUUCGUGCUGCCGAUCUCGACUGGAACGACCUCGGCCAUGCCUGGGGACUCGCCCGCUUGCCCAAGAUGCCCGAGCUGCGUGCUGCUGGCAUCACCGACCGUUCGCUCGGCCUUGGCCAGCCGGGCUGCCACCCUGACGACGCCGCCAUCGAUGUCGACGCCAUCCCGUUUCGUGAUCCGGCCAAGGAGAAGCGUCGUCGCGCCGAGCUGGCCGCUGCGGUUGCUGCCAAGGCCAAGGCUGCCGCCGCUGGGCCACAGGACAACCAAACCCCUGCAGAAUGGACCACAGCUGCCGAGGCUAGGAAACGCAACGCCCCCUGGAGCGCCCGUCAGGAUCGCGACACCCUGCGUGGCGAUCGCCGCGACAGGAAGCGUCGCAAGCGUGAGGCUGAACGCUACGCCCUCAUGACGCCUGCCGAGCGCGCAGAGGCCGCCAAGACGGACCUGCUCGUCGCCCAGGUCCGCCGACAGACCCUGGCUGCUGCUGCCGCCGAGGCUGCCGCCGAGGCAAAAGAAGCUGCCGACGAGUUCGCUGGGUUUGCUGACUAA